AUGUCUGGACCCUCGGGAGUCGGCAUUGAGUGCCAUGACCUCCAAUCAAACCCCCGUUUCCUCUUCCGCCAGCCGCGGGCGCUACAGUGGUUUGAGAACGGGAGGCUGGUGAAGCGCUCGGAAGCUGAACGACAAGCAGGCCGAUUCGAGCUGUUCCUCGACUUGCUGUACGUUGCGAUCCUAUCGAACUUUGCCGAUACUCUGGUGGAAGAUAUCUCGGGCGCGAAGCUCGUCAAGUACAUUCUUAUCCUCUCGCCAUCAUGGCACGUAUGGAGCGACCUGCGCGAACUGAUGAACUCCUUCUACAACGAUGACCUCCUACAGCGCGUACUCAUCCUCUGGGUCAUGGCCACUCUGGUCGUCUACGGCAACAACGCGCCCCUCGUUGACGAGGAAAUCGGCGCAAUGCGCUCUGCAGUCGGUGCCUAUAUGACUGCGCGGAUAACAUGCAACCUCGCCCAUCUCUACUACUCGUUCGCAAGCUAUCAUCACCGCGCCCAGCAACGCCUCUGGGUGGGGCUCUCCACUCUGUGUCUCUGCAUAUACAUCCCACUUUACUUUGAGUCGGUCUCCAUUCGCGGUAAAAUCGCGGCCGCAGCUGUCGCGAUAUUUGUCGAGGAGUGUACAUGGAUCUUCUGCUACUGUCCAGCUGCAAAGAAGCUGCUUCGAGCGACCUACACGACUGCUGUGGAUAUCAACCACGAGGUGGACCGAUACGCAGCGUUUUAUAUUAUUGCCCUGGGCGAGUUUCUAUAUCUGAUCAUCGUCGGGUCUCAUGCCGCAAUUGGCCUGAACGAUCGCCUUCUUCGAGCGAUUUGGACUCUGAUUAUUGCCUUUUGUCUGAAUUGGCUCUAUGUGCAUAAUGACGGCUCCGUGGAGAACGAUCACCCAUUGCGACACAGCAUCUACACGGCCUUUGCUUUUGCCUUGAUUCAUCUCCCGCUGAUUGCUAGUCUGCUGGCCGGUGGUCACGUUGCUGCGGCGUCUGUGGCUGAGCAAGAAUUCGAAGAACCCCAGCGAUGGCUGCUCUGCGCGGGUCUCGGCAUCGGUAUGAUUUGUCUCUAUAUCUUUGCAUUAAUGCACGGAUCCAAGGACGAGCGGGGGACCUUACUCCUAGAUAAGCCACUUCGCUUGAUCAUGCGGCCAGUCACUGGUAUCAUUAUGAUUUUGUUGCCGCUCGCGAAGCACCUUGGUGCAACCUCGAUUCUAUCUAUCAUAAUGGCUCUUUUCGUCUUCUGUACCUUCUGGGAGACCAUCAUGUCACUACGCAAGGGAGCUUGCUUCUGGGAAAGAUGGGAGGAUACCCAGUAUCCCGAUAAGAACCUCAUCCAGGAUGAAGGUGAAAAAAAUGGAGAGGCCUCUGAACCUUGA